GCAUAGCUGCCCAUAAUGCACCACUCCAAAUGCUGUUGCAAGUGCCGCAAAUGUGGCUACACCAGUGCGCAAGCAGCUGUCGGUGUGGACAGACUGCAGCACUUUCACUACUGUGCUCUCCGAAGGCAAGUUUCUACGUCUGCAAGUGUAGCCAUGCCCUCAGACUCUGGGGCCAUUUGCUGAUGGUCCAGGGAGCAGGGAGCGGGGCUUUGCUGCUCCCCCAGCUGCAGGGACCGACCCCCCUCCCCGCUGAACUCUCCCAGGCUCCCGAUGUGGAGCACGUUUUAACAGCACCAUGGCCUCACGAACCCCCUGUGCCCCCCAACCAAUCCCACUCGUGAGUGUGCCGCGCUCGGCUGGCGAGCAGCCUUGGGCUCUCCCGUCUCCUUUCCCUGCACGCGUCGCCCAGUCCCCUGCACUGUUAGCUGUCUCUUUUUGCCUUGCACCAUCAUACUCCAGGGAGCUGCUCAAAACUACAGCUGCGUGUUCAAAGGACAAAAAUAAGUGGCUCCAAAAUGGGACCUAGAAUCCCAGCACCCAACACUUUUGCAUCCCCCCACCGGCCUCAAACAAACUUCGCUGAGAGAGACACAACUGCAGAGUGCAGAGAUUUCCCUCCCUGUCCUGGCUGCCCUCCAAGCUAUAGAGAGGAAGGUGGAUUCUCAGGCUGCACAGUUGCUGAAUCUGGAUGGGAGAAUGGGGACGGCUGAGAAGAAACUAGUCUGCUGUGAGAAAACAAUGGUGGAGUUUGGGAACCAGCUGGAGAGUAAGUGGGCUGUGCUGGGAACUCUGAUCCAGGAGUACGGGCUGCUGCAGAGGAGGGUGGAGAACAUGGAGAACCUGCUGAAGAACAGGAACUUCUGGGUCCUGAGGCUCCCCCCAGGGACUAAGGGGGAAGUUCCCAAGGUGCCAGUAACAUUUGAUGACAUCUCAGUCUAUUUCAAUGAGCAAGAGUGGGGGAAUUUAGAGGAAUGGCAGAAGGAACUUUACAAGAAUGUGAUGAAAAGCAACUAUGAGACGUUGAUGUCACUGGACUAUGCCGUUUCCAAACCUGACAUCCUAUCCCGGAUUGAACGAGGGGAGGAGCUCAGUGUCGGGGAUCAAGGAGAUGCAGAGAAGAGAGAAAUUCCUACAGACCCCAGCGCAGAAUCUCCAGUUUGUACACAAGAGGGUUUAUUACGUACUAAACAAGAGGAAGAGUUGUAUGUCGGGGAUCAGCAGGAUUUGGAGGGCAGAAAAUUCCCUAAAGAGCUCUAUACCGGAUUUCAAAUUUGUGCAACUGACAUUUUAUCACGGAUUAAACAAGAGGAAGAGCCGAGUGUCUGUGAGCAGCAUGAUUCAGAGGAAAACGAAAUCCAUACAGAUCCCAGCACAGCGAAAGAUGGAAGCACAAACAAGGAUAAGCUCCCUGGAAAACCUCUUGAAAGCAUUGUGUACAAGUCUAGAUUAUAUGGAAAACUUGGAGAAGAGUGUUUGCAGAAUCCCAAACAGAGAGUGACAUGGAAGAGUGUGUACAAUUCAAAAAUGCAGCAGGCAACUGCUACUGGGAACAGUCUGGGGGUUUCAUCUCUCUGUGACAAAAAAUUAUUAAUCCAUCAGGAAGAACCCUACCCAGAAGACAGACUGCAUACAAGUACUGAAUGUGAGAAAAACUGUACUCAAAAGGUGCAUCUUCAGAAUCACCAACAAGCCCACACAGAAGAGAGACUAUUUGCAUGCGCUGAGUGUGGGAAAAAUUUCCAGCUGAAGGUAAGUUUGACAAAACACCAAAGGAGCCAUGGAAAAGAGAAACCCUAUGAAUGCAGCCAAUGUGAGAAGAGCUUCAUUUGCCGCUCGUGGCUCAUUAGACACCAAGUGAUUCACAGUGGAGAGAGGCCAUAUAAAUGUACCGAAUGUGACGCAAGCUACAGCAGAAAGGAUUAUCUUCUAAAUCACCAACGCCGGCAUUUAGGGGAGAAAUUAUUCCAGUGUAAUGUGUGUGGGAAAAGCCUUGUGCUGAAAAGAAGCUUAGUUAGGCAUCAAAAAAGUCACAUGAAAGAGACCCAAUCCACUUAGCCAGAUGAGUCUUCUUAGACACCAGAUGAUUCACACAGAGAAGCUGGAACAAUCACUAGCUGAGGGAAAAACUGAGUAGGAAAUCUAUGAUCCUCAAAAAUAAUCCUAUCACCAGUAACUCCAUCUGAAGGCUUCACAGGGACCUGGAUACACAAGAGAGACCAACUUGAUGUAAAAGGAGAGAAUGCAUUAAUAUCUGUUCACAAGCUACUAUGUGAGGCAGAGCUCACUGAAAAUAGGUCAGAAAAUGCAUGUUAGUGUGACCCACAACAGGAAAAAGGGAUUGUUGGCUCUUUACUGAGAGGAAGGACUCCUACCAUUUGAAAUUUAGAACCCAUUUCUGAACCCCUUCCGAGAAGCAGCAGAUACUUAGGAAUGGAGUUUGGGAGGUGAAAUGUACCCGUAGCUCCCAUGUAAGUCAAAGGUAGCUCUUGGUAUUCAGUACCUCUAUAAAUCAAACUUUUAGCCCAUUCAGGCAAGCCAGGCAAAUGGAGAUAUCUGAAGAUUACCUGGCUGAGACUCCUGAUGAGUUGGAAACUGACUAGAGAAAGCUUACAGGAUAGAUUUCUUUUUGGACAGCCUGAGUUUUCCACCUUCCAAAUGUAAUGUUCCAUAUUACAGACUGUUGUACAUAUGUAUGGUUUGAUGUGUGCAUUACUGGAGACUGAAGGUUUUUAUAUGUUGAUAUUUGUCCUGGUUUUGAGAACACUUUUCUUAAUUUUCACCACAUUUGGGUUUUGAAGGAAACAUUACGGGGAAUAAAGGGGAUAAGCAUUUGUUGUGCUGCAGCAGCGAUAGGUCGUUGCUAUCGCUACCUUUCACUGGAAGGACAAAAAUGUAUCUGAGACAGGAACCAGCCCUGUUCAGUAAUACCAGGUUCUUGAUAUAAUAAAAGAAAAUUUCUCUAA